AAAUGUUAGCAGAACAAAGUGUGCCUGGUUGACCAGUAAAAGCUCUAUUUCCAAAAAUAUGGCGAUCUUUUAUUUCCUAAUUUUGGCGGCUGAGCUCAACGGUCUCCUGGAUUGUUAAUUUUCGGUCUGAAAUUUAACCAAACGAAAGUUAACGAACGCCGAUUUAACAGACAGCAACGCUGACAGGAGGUAGUAAAGAGAGAGACGGGCGAGAAAUGUGCUGAGGGAAGAAAGUUUGCGGCAGAAGAGCUGUGUUCAUCAGUCAAUCCGUGCAGUGCCGGCCAGCGUUUUGUCAACGGGCUCCAAAUGUCCCUUUGAUCUCGUUCUGGAGAAGGUAAAAGGUCAUAAUGAGUUCUCCAGGUGCGCACUCGAUGCUGAGAGAUGCGACAAACAUCUGUGUUCUCGACGACGAUGAUGAUGAUGUUGUCAUCAUGGGAGAGGAAAAGGUAGAUGUUGCUGCUAUCCAAAGAUGUAAUCCGUCCAAGUCUUCGUCGACUGCUUUGAACGAUGUUCUCAAGAUCAUUGCGGAAGCGAAGGAGUUGGGGAAAGAGACUGAGAAAGACAUGGCUUUGUUUGCAGAGGAGAUUGAAAACAUGCAGAGCUCCCUAAGCGACGCAGUGUACGAGAGUCUCAAACAUCUGGCGGGGGACUCCAACCAGGCUGUGCAGAUUCCCCUGGACUGGUGUGAUCUGAAGCAGCUGGUGUUCGGCGUGCUGGAGGGUCUGACGGCGGAGGAGCUCGGUGAUUUGUCGCUGGAGGAGUACCAGGCCUAUAGCAGGAAGCUCAACGCCAUCGAGAAAUUGCUUUGUACGAGAAGAACGUGUCGCAGGGCGUGUCGCAGGCGUGUAUGUUGAUCGACAGCGACGAUGAGGACGUGACCAUCACUGGCUCCACACUCAGCAGCUCAAAGACACAGCUUGUACACAGGGCUGCCCCGGCCAUGCCCCCCAUGGACGAGCUGCGCUCCCAGUUUGCCAACGCGGUGAACAAGUCGAUGCCGGGUCUCCUCAACUCCCUGCCGCCCCCACCCGUGGCUAUUCCUCGUCUUCUUCGAUGACGGCUAUGCUCAGUACUGUGAAGCCAAAGAACUGCACAAGGUCUACAUGCAGAGUUAACGCUGAUGCCAUCAAAGCUGCCGGAAGCAGCCGAGGCAGGCGACACAACCUGAGCAUGCGUCCGUCUGAUGCGGGCAAGCAGCGACCGUCGGUGGAGUACACGCGCACAGCAGUCGAGGAGGACAGCAACAGCAACAACAGCAACAGCUCUUCCUCCAAAUCAAAGUCCAGUUGGCCGGGAAAACAGUCGGAGACCAAGAAAAGGUCAAAUGUGGCCAAAAAAAGCACGGGGGGCAGCAUCGGAGCGACGUCGGCCAACAACAUCGGAGCAGCGUCGGCAAACAGCAUCGGAACGGCGUCGGCAAACAGCAUCGGAGCGACGUCGGCCAACAGUGCUGGGGCCGACAGCAAGUGGGAGGCGCCAUGGCUCAAGUACCAGAGGAGGGGGCAGAGAGGGGGCGGACCCAGCGCGGAGGCUGCUUCUUCCAACAUCUCUGUGCUGGGCAAUCCCAAAGAGCCCCACGCCUGUGUCCCGGAGUGUGUCAAGGUCAGCGACCAGCGACGAGAGACGCACAGAGGUCGUAGUGCCAUGCUAGUCCCUCUGCUCUGUGGAUGGGAGAGACAAAUCUGCAAGGCGCGUCCGUCGACCAAAAGGUUUGUGCUGUAUCGGGGGCCGUGUGGGCGGCGUCUGCGAUGUAUCGAGGAAGUGGACCGCUACCUCAUGCUGACCGACUCCCAGAUGACCAUCGACCAGUUCUGUUUUGACCACCACCUGCACGUCAACACAGAGUUUGUUCCUAUCAUUCCCGUCAAAACGUACUGCGACAUCAAAGACUUGUCGUACGGCAUCGAGAACUACCCGGUGUCGUGCGUCAACGGCGUGGACCGCCACUUCCCCGACUACGUGGAGUACGCCAACCGCCGCAUCCCCUCCAAGGGCGUCCACAUCAACACCGAGCCCGACUUCCUGGCCUGUUGUGACUGUACCGACAACUGCAGGGACCGGAGCAAGUGUGCCUGCCAGCAGAUGACCGUGGAGAACACGACCUGGAUCGGAGACAGGGACCCAGACGCCGGCUACAACUAUCGGAGACUGAGGGAACCACUGUUUACAGGCAUCGUGGAGUGCAACUCUCGCUGUAGCUGCGACAAACGCUGCCAGAACCGUGUGGCUCAGCACGGCCUGCAGAUGAGACUGCAGGUCUUCAAGACGGAGAAAAAGAUGGCAAGCAGUACGGGGACGAGUACCUGGCAGAACUGGAUUUUAUCGAGGUGGUAGAGCGACAGAAGGAGGGGUACGAGAGCGACGUGGAGGGGAUGGACUUCUCGGACGACGAGAACGACGCCAACUACAAGGCCUCCAAGGACUCAGAGGAAGACAGUGACUACAACACAGCGUAUGUCCCCAGUGUGGCCGAGAGGAG